AUGAGAGAAGUCACAGAAGGCAUAAGAGAAGCUACAGAAGGCAUGAGAGAAGCUACAGAAGGCAUGAGAGAAGUCACAGAAGGCAUAAGAGAAGCUACAGAAGGCAUGAGAGAAGCUACAGAAGGCAUGAGAGAAGUCACAGAAGGCAUAAGAGAAGCUACAGAAGGCAUGAGGGGAGAAGUCACAGAAGGCAUGAGAGAAGUCACAGAAGGCAUAAGAGAAGCUACAGAAGGCAUGAGGGGAGAAGUCACAGAAGGCAUGAGAGAAGUCACAGAAGGCAUAAGAGAAGCUACAGAAGGCAUGAGGGGAGAAGUCACAGAAGGCAUGAGAGAAGUCACAGAAGGCAUAAGAGAAGCUACAGAAGGCAUGAGAGAAGCUACAGAAGGCAUGAGAGAAGCUACAGAAGGCAUGAGAGAAGUCACAGAAGGCAUGAGAGAAGUCACAGAAGGCAUAAGAGAAGCUACAGAAGGCAUGAGAGAAGUCACAGAAGGCAUGAGGGGAGAAGUCACAGAAGGCCAUAAAAGAAGUCACCAGAAGGCAUGA